AUGGCAGCCACAAGCCUCGACGGAAAGAAGGGCAAAAUAUCCACCUUCAUUGACUCCAUCGAUACCUUCUUGUUUGACUGUGACGGAGUGAUCUGGUCCGGCUCCCAUGUUAUCGACCACGUUCGCGAGGUUCUGAAGACUUUGCGGCAGAAGGGCAAGCGUCUCUUGUUCGUCACAAACAACAGCACAAAGUCACGACAAGCGUAUGCGAAAAAGUUUGCUUCAUUAGGGAUCGAUGCAUCAGCGGAGGAAAUCUUUGGAUCUUCAUAUGCGGCCGCCUACUAUGUUGCUAAUUUCCUCAAAUUUCCGAAGGACAAGAAGGUCUACGUCGUAGGGAUGGCUGGUGUGCAAGAGGAGUUGGCUUCUGAGGGCGUAGCGAGCGUUGGUGGCGAGAGCGACAUCGAGAACCUAGGCAGCAUGGACGAAAUGGGCACCAUCCAACCCGACCCCUCCAUCGGCGCCGUCCUCCUUGGCUUCGACCUCAACAUCAACUACAAAAAGCUUGCAAAAGCCUUCACAUACCUGCACUCGAACCCCGACUGUCACUUCCUCGCCACCAACAGCGACUCGACCUUCCCGGCAGGCAAAUCGAUCUACCCGGGUACGGGCGCGCUGUUGGCGGCUCUGACGACGCCGUUGGGGAGACAGCCGACUGUGCUGGGGAAGCCGCAUCAGACGAUGCUGGAUGUGAUUGUGGCUAAGUAUCAUUUGGAUAAGGAGAAGACGUGCAUGAUUGGUGAUAGAUUAGACACCGAUAUAGAGUUCGGCAUAAACGGAGGACUGAAGACGUUGCUCGUAAUGACAGGCGUAACUACUCCAGAAGGGUUAGCAGCGUCGAAAGUACAGCCAGACUACUGCAUCUCCAGUCUGGGACAUUUAGAGGCGUGA